UUGUCGUUGCUAUAUAAGCCUGCUAACUGUCAUUGAUAUUUUAAAAUUCAUGAUAAUGUUUAAGUUUGUUAUUUUAUUUGUCUUGUUGGCUGGCAGCCUAGCAUUGAAUUCACGUGUUAUUGGUGGAUUUGAACCAGAACCUCAUCAGUUUCCUUAUUUAGUAUCAGUAAUAUGGGAAUUUCCACCAUUACUACCACAACGUCAUGUAUGUGGUGGUGUUAUUGUAUCACCAGAAUGGAUUGUAACUGCUGCUAGUUGCAUUGAAAAAUAUGGUAAAUUAUCAAUCAAAUCUGGCAAACAUAAUCUUGCUGUUUAUGAACCCAGUGAAGAAACUCGUGAAGUACAAUUUAGUGUUAUUCACAAAGACUACAAAAAAGCUUCAAUUUUAAAUCGUAUUCCAAAAAAUAAUAUUGCAUUGUUAAAGCUUAAAUUUCCAUUGAAUUUAUCAACAUACAGUCAAGCAUUAAAUUUUGAAUAUACAAGUGAUAAUUACAGUGGUGAUGUAACAGUUAUUGGUUGGGGUGGUAAAAAUGAAAUUCUUCCAAUACCUGAAGCAGCAUCAGCACCACUUUUACCAUGGGAUAGUUGUUUAGAAGUUUUACGUAUAUCAUAUAAAAAUAUUAAACUAGAAGAUACAAAUAUAUGUACAGGACCAAUUGGUGGUACAAUAUCAGCAUGUUCACAAGAUAUUGGUGGUCCACUUGUUAAAUAUAAUGAACAAAAACAGCCACAGCUAGUUGGAAUUGUUUCAUGGACAAAUAAACCUUGUGGUAAAAAUGGUCUUCCAACAGUUUAUACACAUGUUCCCAACUACAUUGAUUGGAUCAAUGACAAACUAGAAGCAUCAAAAUAAAUAAAUAAUAUUUUAAUUCUCUUCUUGUUGUUGAAUAUUAUUUUAAAAAAUAAAAAAAAAUGUUAUACAUGA